AUGACAGACAGGCCAGAGAUCAGGUUCCACGACUCCAAGAUUGACGUUGGGAGCCGGUUGAUGCUGCAGACCUUCAAAUUGACGGGCGGUGGCACCUUGGGCCACCUUUGCAGCCACGCAGCUACGAUGUGCGGAUACACCACGCACAUAGACAUGUACACACAACUUGGUGCAUACCUAUUCCGUACGGCGAGGAAGAGUGUGCUUGGAGAGACUGAGAGACAGGGUAGGGAUAAGCUGUACAACCGUGCACCCGCUUGGGAACGACGGCAUGUGAAUAAUCCCGCAAGGAUAUUAUGGGGCCUUUCCGGGGGUGUGGCCAUGAUCCGUGAUGCAGGACAGGAUGAGGAGGGGGGAGGCGAGAAGCUGAGAGCGAGUAAAGCCAAAGAGAAUGGUGGUGGUCAGUUGCGGGUUCCUGUGCCUAGUGUGGUGGUGUCUGUGGUCAAGAGAAACCGUUCAAGACAGUGGAGAGGUGGAUCUCUGGGUGGAGCGUUCGGAGACGAGGGCGGGCGGGUGAAGGCCUUGGCUUCUGAGCGGGAGAAUUGUGAGGAGUUAAGAGUUGAGACUGAGAGAGAGAGAGAUGCCCCACUCGCUCCCGUCUCGACGUCCACGUCUCCUCCAUACGGUACGUACCUUAGACAGUUGGGUAAUUUUCCUGGUCUCCUCAUCUCAUCCCGUCUUCCUCCGCCGCCAACCACCCUCGAAUACAACGCCGAAUUCACCGUUCCUAGCCAAGUCCACCACAGACCUCAUUCGCAACCUUUCAGUCCCCAUCGCCACCCGUCAUCACUGACUGUAUGUAUUUUCGGACACCCAACCACGCUACCUCAGGAAGGUCGUGGUGCUGCGCCUGUUCUUGAGCAAGAGCUAGACCACUUCCAAUUCCCGACUGCGACUGCAACCCGACUCUACAUGCCCUCGAGGGAAGUGCAAUUAUGCAAGUGCAAGUCCAACCGCCUUGGCUUCUGCAACGCUCGCUCCAGUGCUCUCUACGAAGUACACGAUCCCUACGUUGGCACUCAACUCUCAACGUCGGAUACGGAUGCGACUAUCCCCUCUGCGGCCCUUCACUCGCUUCCAUGCAAGCAAUUUGUCCAUCGCCCGGGGGGCCUUGUCAAAAUCCCCACAUCCUUGCAGCGCGUAGGCCUCAUCACUGGCCACGCCUCUCGUCUCGUGCUGCUUUUGCCCGUAAUAGGUCCCACUCAGCCACCCAGCCAUCUCACCGGCUCUUUCUGCUAUCUUGAGAAUCUCUGGCUGCACAUGCCCUGCGCUUGGCCUGCAAUGCACUGGACUGGCAUGCAUGGCUCUGCUCAUCGUCUGCGAUGGCCCCUUUCUCAGCCCGUUGUUGUGCUACAGAACCUCAAAAUCGGCGGGCAUUGGUUGCGGGGCGGGCGCGGAGCCACAGCCAUCUACUUCGUACUCCGUCGUGAACUAUUCUGGAAACGAAGCCGGCCGAGAGCCAGGGCCGAGUUGGCAUUCAGAACGAAACUUCGCACCAGAAUUUUGUCCCCCACGUCUUGUACCCGAAGCGGUGAGCGAGUCAAGAAGCCCUGCUGGCUUGCCAUCGCCACACCACGCCAGCCGACGACACUAGACGCCAGGCCAGUAAAACAGCACCACACUCGAGCAAACCGCGGCCGUUUCGCCGUACCGGCUCCAUGGACGCCCGAAUCAUCCUUCCUUCAGCAUUUCAGCUUCAGUCUGCCAACACCCCUUGGUAUUAUGGUAAUGGCGUUUUCCACCCCAGUUCGAUAUGCAGUCUGCCUUGGCCAGGUCGGGACAGUUGAGAGGCUCCAAUUAGACAUGCCGUCCUCACUCAGAGGAGCUGCGCUGAAACGACCCGCUGUUCUUUCGUCGUGGUUGGCGACGCGGAUUGAAGGCGGGCGUUGUUCACGCAGAAACUCGAACUUGGAAUUGAGGAGCUCUAGUGCAUAUCGAGCCAUGAAUGAUCCUGGCGUACUGCGGACGGCGGCUCGAUUGAGUAACUAUCCGCACCUAGCCACGUACUGUUAUCUCCUCAGUCCCAGUUUCCCAGGCCCUUCCACGAAGUAUCUGUGGAUUCAACGGUUUACACGGCACUCUGGCGUGCCAGAGCGAACAGGAACUUGGGUCGUGUUAUUCUUUGGAAUGAUAUUGCUUAAUCCCCAUUUGGCAAUAAUUAGCCUGCCUCAAUGGGCCAGAACUUCGGCGACAGGGCUCAUUUCUGGUCUGAUAUUGGACGUCGCACUUGGCGGCAAACAUCCAAGCCGGUUUCUGCGAUACCUCCAUCAACAGGACAUACAGUCUGCAAUCAUUUCCACGCUUCCAAAUGUACAAGAGCCUGAAGACGUCAAGCAGCGUGGAAGAAAAUACGACACAGUCCUCGGAGGCUACCCGUUGAGACUCGGAGUAUUUUCCGUUCAGGAAAACGACAAUGAUCCAGAUGGAGCUAGCUUGUUUGUCUUGAGCUGUUCGAGAGUCGAGACGGACCAGGGCCGAUCCGUCUUUGAUCACCAGGAUCCUGCUGUACGAAGGACAAGCAAGCAAGGGAGCCCAGGAACAACCUCGUUUACCGCUUUAAUGGAUUUCAAGACAGAGCUAAAGCCGUUCCUGUCCGAGACACCAGAGGAUGGUGCUGGGCGGCAGAGGCGCUCACAGAUCAAAGUGCAUCAUUCUUGGCCAGGUCUCUACAACGCUUUCUUCUUCUCCAUCCUCACCGAUGAUUUCUCAUUGUCUCAUCACACCAACCUCGAGGCCAUGACCAUGAUCCGUCUCCACUGCGUCCUCCCGCAGAUGGAGGGCCAGAGAGGUGCGUCGCAUGCAAAGUGCCCCGCAAACGCCACACUAGCAGAUAAGUCACCAGGUGGUGUCGACGCUGAUGCAACGAUUCAACGGAUACCUACUUGCACCUUGAGCCCUGGGGCUCUUGAGGUGGCGCUCCGAUGUCCUUUACCAAGAGGAGCGUUACAAACCCGUCAAAAGCAGACCCGUUGGUCUAGCGCUCCUGGUGUUCGCGGGCCAUGCCGCUUAUACUUCAGCUUGAACUUCACCGCUUACCUAGCGCGCGUCACGCAGUUGCCGCCGUUGAUGGCCCUCAGAUUGGAGGAGCUUCUAGUGGCAUUUUCUACCCCUCCUGCGUUCAGCGGGACAUCGAAUCCGAGGCCUAUUCCGCGCCGAGUUAUCGCAGUCCGUCAAACCCGACGAUACGUUCCAGUUCUGCAGGUCGAACUGAUUUCAGCGUGGUUCAUUCGUUUGACAGCGGGAUAUUUUCAACCCGACCCAGGCCAAGUCUGGACUCCAUCAGAACAAGUUUCGAAUACAUUCAACGUCAGUGGCCUCCUUCGAGCCUGGUGUUACCUCGCCCACACCAGCCAAGGAAUCUACCCCUCCUCCCGCGACAAAGUAGUUAACAACCCCGUCAGCCUUUUUAUCGAUAAACCACAAACGCCAUCAAAAACCGCCCCUCUUCGUUGUCAGGUUUCAUCCGGACACUCUCGCAGUGAUCGAGGAACGCGCAGGCUAGUGAAGAAACAGGCAUUAUGCCUUCUUAGUCGCCGUUAUGCCGAGAAAAUCGGUACGGAUGAUGUCAAGCCGCGCUUUCAUGUCGAGGGAAACAGACUGGUCGAGACCACGAUGCUGGAGGGCGGCAUGCCGAUGCUGCCCAAAGGACAAAAGGCCGUUGCGCUGUUAUCCUCUUCCACGUCUUUCAUCAGCCAAGCGCCAAGCGCCAACCACCGUCCAUCAAUGGCCGAGAAGCUCUCUCAGCAAACCGUCACAUCCGUAGCGGUCGCUCGCCGCGCUGGAGUAUGGAGUACCCUUGAACCAUCAGAACCUGGAGCUUUCGGAUCCACAGCCACGCCGUAUAGGCUGAAGGAUUUGGAGACUCGGAGGCCGGCGGCUGUUAGUUUGUCGACUGAUCCUCGUCAAUAUGAGGAGUUCUUGACGCCAUCUUCAAACCGCACUAACAACUGGCCCGCUACUCGAUACCAGCACUAG